UUUGUAGAGAUGAGUUCUCAUCAUGUUGCCCAGGCUGUUGAACUCCUGGCCUACAAAGGUGGGAGUUAUUCUAGCAGCUUCCCUGUGAUCUUCUCAUAUCUACUGGUGGAGUGGGAAAGAGUAGUUCAAACAACUCAGACAGAAAAUCUCGCUAGUGCAACAGUGGAGAAAAGGGCCAAGUACUUGUCCUAUUACUUCCAGUUUUUCUAGAUAUGUGAGCAGCAGUACCCCUCUCUUUAUAAAAAGAACUAUGAGUUUCCUGGCUCUAAAGAGUGACCAGGCAUUCAGUAACUCAAAUGCCCAGAUACAUAUAACCAACCAAUUCUCCUAGAAUGUAUUGCUAAAAACGAAUUUUGCUCAUAUGCUUCAAAGACCUCAUUUAUAGUUAUACUUAAAACAGUGCAUAGGAAUCAAGCUGUAUCAGCCAAUUUUAUAUGAAAGAACUAUAGGUUGUAAGUAACUUAGAACAUAAUUUUAUAUCUAGCGGGGGUUAAAGGACACUUAGAAAAUAGAGACACAAGAGAUGGCCCAGUCUUACAGAAUGGAUUCUCCUGAAAACCCUUACAAUAAAAACCAAAUAACAGUAUUUUUUUUACUUAGGCAAUAGUAUGGGAGGGAAAAGGGACAUAGGACAUUUUAUCUUACAAACACACUGUUCUCUUUAUCUUUCUGUUUCAAAUUCUACCACCACUCCUGGGUCCACUGAUUAAUCUAACAACAUGGCCUCUCAGUCCCUAAGUCUUUACCUCUACUCCUGUUAUUCAGUCAUUAAUGCCCUGGCUACAUAUUGUACUUUUUCCCCACCAAGAAACUGUUCUAUGAUAUAAUAAUUUCAGCUGUCUCCCUCUGAGAGCACAAUUGUCUAUGCCUACAACCUUCUCAUUCUGCUGUUUCUAUCACAUCUUGUCUUUGACCUUAUCAGGAGCUCCAUUCCAUGAUGCUGAUACUACCUAUCAAACGCUCCUGUUUUAAUUUCCUUCUUAUCCAGCUGAUUUCCUGGUUUACCACUCCCAGUUGCUCUCACGCCCAUAUUCUCAAUUCCCUUGUUCAAUUUUCCUUCACUAAAACCACCUGAUGAAACUCCAGCCCAGAUGAAUAUAGUCCUCCUCCUCUCUUACACAUGGGGUGCUGCACUCUAUAAGACCAAACUUACAAAAUUAGCAAUACCACUGCCACUAUAAAUGUAUAAUAUUCAAACCUAAUUGGGCUUCUGAGACCAAGAACUCCUUUUAUAAUUUUUCUAAUGAGCUUUCUCUUCUACGCUCCACAACAACUAUUUUAAACCUACUUAACUUACUUUAAACUUCUUACCCUACCACUUAGAUACCCCCUUUUAUCAGAUGAACUUGCCUAAUACCUUAUUGAGAAAAUAGAAUCCAUCAGCUAGAAAUUAAUUUUCCUGUCCCCUACUCCACAGCUUUAACAGCAUCUGUAUCUAUACUAUUCACCUGCUGAGGUCCCUCCCACUGGUCUAAAUCCAAUCCCUUCAUACAUUGCCUGGAUCUCAUCUUUAACAACCUUUCCAGGGGACUUGCGUUAUCCCUUCUGUAUCUUAAUUUUCUCCUUCCCUACUGAACAUUGGCGUUUUAAAUAUAUUCAAGUUUCUCUAGUCUUUAAAAUACUCUCUGAGUCUGAAUUCUUCUCCAGAUACCAAUGUAUUUCUUAUUCCUUUUUACAGCCUUUUCAUUCUUUACAAAUUUCUUGAGAGCCUGGCUGCAGUGAGCCAGUGAGCCCGGGUGACAGACUGAGACCCUGUCUCAAAAAAAAAAAAAAUUGUUGAAAGAACCAUCUACCUCAUUUUUGCCUCCUCAUCCCUCUCACUUUGCACCGAAGUACAAUCUAAUUUUCACCACAAUCAUUCUACUGAAACUGCUAUUGCAAAUAUUAUCAAAGAUUUCCAUAUAAGUUAAGAUUAUACUGUGGAACCAAUGUGAUGCAAUGACACGGUGGCUUGUAAACAUGUCUCUCUUUUUCACAUGACAGUAGCAGUGUAAAAAUUAUUAGGUAGGUAGGGCAGCUUUCAUCCUCACAGUCCCUCUGAAACCAAAUUUUCUUUCAAGUAAUUUCUUCAACAUUCCCUAUGGUAAUAUAAUCUGCAUGGCCGUAGCUGGGUCACUGCCCACACUCAAAUACAAGGGAGGCUGGGAUGGGCAAUCUACUUUCAUGGCCACGUACCUGGGUACAGUUCUAUUACUAUAGAAGCAAGGGAAAACAGAUUUUGUCAGACAUCUCUCAGAAUCCUCCACAAUGACCAUCUUUUUAAGCCCAAUGGAUAAUUGUCAUACUUAUUUUUCUUGACUUUUCUGAAGCAUUUGCAGCCAUUGAUCUUCCUCAUCUCCUUAAAAUGCUAUUUGCUUUUGAUUUCAUGAUUUUGAACUCUGAGCCUUCUUUAUCUUUUCAAAUAUACUUCUUGCCCUGUUUCCUCUAAAUGAGGAUGUUUCUCAGAGUUCUGUGCCAAGCCUCCUUUAUACUGAUUUGACACACUUUUGCUUGGUUAUCCUAGAGCAUUCAUGGUAUAUAUAUAUAUAUAUAUAUGGUGAUUGAAAUCAUGAAUGCUAUAUAUAUAUGCUCUCUAUAUAUGCUCUAUAUAUAUGCUCUCUCUCUCUCUCUCUCUCUCUAUAUAUAUAUAUAUAUAUACACACACCAAAGUUCAUAUUGCCAGCCCAGAUUUAUUUCCUAUGCUUUGGUUAUAUGCAAACACACACACACACACCCCACCACCACACAAACACACAAACACACAUCCUACAGGCACUUACCUCAAUAGCAGCAUGUUCAAAACUGAACACUUCAUCUUUUUCCACCCCAAUUAUGUUUUUUAACAUUCCCUGUCCUAGUGAAUGACACCACUAGUCAUCCAGUUGCCCAGUCCAGAGGUGUGAGAUCAUCUCUGAGUCUUUCCCCUUUUUCUCCCCAUGCAACCUAUCAACCAACAGUUGAAAAUAUUUCAUCUCCUCAUACAUUUCUACUCAUUCCUCUUCUCUCCAUCCACACUGGCAUUAUCCUCAUCCAGACUAUCAUCAUCUCUUAUCUGAUCUCCUUUAUUCUCCAGUCAUUCCCCCUGAAAUUAAUUCUCCAUAGUGCAGCCAAACUGAUUUUUUUAAAUGCAGAUGUAAUCAUGUUAAUCAGAUGUUUAAAACCCAUCUUUGUACUUGAAUUACCUUUAGGAUAAAUUCAAGAAUGCAUGAUAUGACCUGUAUAAUGAUUCAUGUUCUCACCAUGCUUUUAACCCUAAUUUCAUUGUUAGACCCUCCCCUUCCAUAGUUUUUAAAGUCCAAGGCAUACUUCACUUAUCUGUGUUCCUCAAAAUGCCCAUCUGAAAUAUUCCUCCUUCUCCUGCUAGUUCCUUCAGAUCACAAUGUAUUUUUCAUUACCUCAGGAAAGCUUUCACUGAUGUCCCAAGUCCGACUUCGAUCUUAAUUAUUUUAUUUUUGACAGACACUUAACCAGCACUUACAAACCACUUUGUAAAUAUUAAUUAAUUAGAUGCCUACGAUAAUAAUCAUAGGCAAAUAUUAUUAUUACCCCAUUUUACAGGUGAGGAAACAAAGAUAUCUAUAACUUGCCCAAGCUUAUAGAUAGUGAGUUACAUAAUCAGGAUUCUAAUAUUGAUAAUUUGGUUCCAGAUCCCAUAUUCCUAAGCACUAAGGUGUGCAGCCUCCUAGGUACAAGAGGUCCUUUCUAGGUAUUUCUAUAUUACUUUUUAUAAAUGCAUACAUGACAUACUUUGUUUACUUGUCUGCCAAUUUUUCUAGCUUGUGAGCUCCAGAAGAGCAAGAAUUAUCUCUAAUUUAUUCGUGCCAUGUCCUUCUUUAUAUUUUUAAAAUAUAAAAGUGAAAAAAGUAAUGACAUUACCAACUAUAGCUGACAACAAGUAUUUACAAGAGUGAAGAAGAGAAUAUAUUUGUAAUUACUCGAGAAAUGGCUUAAAUAAAAAAUUAUUUCUUCAGUUCAGAAUAUUUUAACAGAUCCUUUAGUGUCAAGCAUUCAAAACAGCGAUAAUGCAGUGUAUGGACCUUUUCUGGAUUCAAAUUCAAACCAACCAACGGCAAGGGACAUUUUGGAGAGAACUGGGGAAAACCAAAUGCAGUAUAAAUUAUGUCGAGGAAUUAUUGCUCAAGUUGUUGAUUGUGAACGUUAUAUUACAAUUAUCUUUUAGAAGGCCUUGUCUAUUAAAAAUACUUAGUGAAGUAUUUAAAGGUAAAAAAAAAUGAUGUCUGGGAUUUGUUUCGAAUGUUCUGGAUGUAUUUAUGAAUUACUUGUUCAAAGAGGAAAACUUUUUUAAUGAAAAAAAACAUGGAGACACAUGGUGGCGCUACAGGAUAAGACGAAAACAGUACAUAGGCUGGCAGGGUGAGCUUCGCUAUUCAGGAGAACAGAAAGCAUCCAACCCACUGAAAAGACAGGCAUGAAAGGAGCUUCGCCUACAGAGAUGCUGGAGGAUGCACUCUCCAGGGGGUUCCUAUUAAAAACCAGAGCUUCAGCUUCCAAAAUUAGGGCUGAGCUUCAAUUUUUCCACAAGAGAUUGCCUAAAGGAACCAUGGAGAUCAGAGGGGCACUCGAUCUGCGAAAAAGGCAAGUUCUAAUAUUCCUUGUUUUGCUGGGAUUGUCUCGGGCAGGUACUGAAUCUGCACACUAUUCUGUGGCAGAGGAAACAGAAAUUGGCUCUUUUGUGGCUAAUCUAGCGAGGGACCUAGGGCUGGGGGUGGAGGAGCUGUCUUCACGUGAAGCCCGGGUAGUGUCUGAUGAUAAUAAAAAGUAUUUGCACCUUGAUUUGCUGACUGGGGAUUUGCUCCUAAAUGAGAAACUAGACCGAGAUGAGCUGUGUGGCUCCACCGAGCCCUGUGUGCUGCAUUUUCAGGUGGUUUUGGAAAACCCUUUACAGUUUUUUCGGGUUGAGCUGCGUGUCAAAGACAUAAAUGAUCACUCCCCUACAUUCCUAGACAAGGAAAUACUUAUUAAAAUAUCAGAAGGUACCACUAUUGGAACUACAUUUCUAAUGGAGAGUGCUCAAGAUUUGGAUGUCGGAAGCAACAGUCUCCAAAACUACACAAUUAGCCCCAAUUCUCACUUCUACAUUAAAAUUCCAGACAGUAGUGACAGAAAGAUAUACCCAGAGCUGGUCCUAGAUAGAGCUUUAGAUUAUGAACAGGAAGCUGAACUCAGAUUAACAGUCACAGCCGUGGAUGGUGGAUCCCCACCCAAGUCUGGGACAACUUUGGUUCUCAUUAAGGUGUUGGACAUCAAUGAUAAUGCCCCUGAGUUUCCUCAGAGUCUCUAUGAGGUGCAAGUCCCCGAGGAUAGACCCCUUGGCUCCUGGAUUGCCACCAUCUCAGCUAAGGAUCUGGAUGCAGGAAACUAUGGAAAAAUAUCUUACACAUUUUUCCAUGCAUCAGAAGAUAUUCGUAAAACAUUUGAAAUUAAUCCAAUAUCUGGGGAAGUUAAUUUGAGAUCACCCCUGGAUUUUGAAGUAAUACAGUCCUACACUAUAAAUAUUCAGGCGACAGAUGGUGGAGGUCUUUCAGGAAAAUGCACCCUUCUAGUUAAAGUUAUGGAUAUAAACGACAACCCACCAGAAGUAACCAUAUCGUCGAUUACAAAGAGAAUUCCAGAGAAUGCCUCAGAGACCCUAGUAGCUCUUUUUAGUAUCCUAGACCAAGACUCUGGAGACAAUGGGAGGAUGAUUUGCUCUAUUCAAGAUAACCUCCCUUUUUUCCUGAAACCGACCUUCAAGAACUUUUUCACUCUAGUUUCUGAAAAAGCACUGGACAGAGAGAGCCAAGCCGAGUACAACAUCACGAUCACCGUCACAGACUUGGGGACACCCAGGCUGAAAACCGAGUACAACAUAACCGUGCAGGUCUCCGACGUCAAUGACAACGCCCCCGUCUUCACCCAAACCUCCUACACCCUGUUCGUCCGCGAGAACAACAGCCCCGCCCUGCACAUCGGCAGUGUCAGCGCCACAGACAGAGACUCAGGCACCAACGCCCAGGUCACCUACUCGCUGCUGCCGCCCCAGGACUCGCACCUGCCCCUCGCCUCCCUGGUCUCCAUCAACGCGGACAACGGCCACCUGUUCGCCCUCAGGUCGCUGGACUACGAGGCCCUGCAGGCUUUCGAGUUCCGAGUGGGCGCCACAGACCGCGGCUCCCCGGCGCUGAGCAGCGAGGCGCUGGUGCGCGUGCGGGUGCUGGACGCCAACGACAACUCGCCCUUUGUGCUGUACCCGCUGCAGAACGGCUCCGCGCCCUGCACCGAGCUGGUGCCCCGGGUGGCCGAGCCGGGCUACCUGGUGACCAAAGUGGUGGCGGUGGACGGCGACUCGGGCCAGAACGCCUGGCUGUCGUACCAGCUGCUCAAGGCCACGGAGCCCGGGCUGUUCGGUGUGUGGGCGCACAAUGGCGAGGUGCGCACCGCCAGGCUGCUGAGCGAGCGCGACGCGGCCAGGCACAGGCUGGUGGUGCUGGUCAAGGACAAUGGCGAGCCUCCGCGCUCGGCCACCGCCACGCUGCAAGUGCUCCUGGUGGACGGCUUCUCCCAGCCCUACCUGCCGCUCCCGGAGGCGGCCCCGACCCAGGCCCAGGCCGACUCGCUCACGGUCUACCUGGUGGUGGCGUUGGCCUCGGUGUCGUCGCUCUUCCUCCUCUCGGUGCUCCUGUUCGUGGCGGUGCGGCUGUGCAGGAGGAGCAGGGCGGCCCCGGUGGGUCGCUGCUCGGUGCCCGAGGGCCACUUUCCAGGGCAUCUGGUGGACGUGAGUGGCACCGGGACCCUGUCCCAGAGCUACCAAUACGAGGUGUGUCUGACGGGAGGUUCCGGGACAAAUGAGUUCAAAUUUCUGAAGCCGAUUAUCCCCAAUUGUCAAGUUCAUGACACUGGUAAGAAUAUGGGGGAAAUCGAGAACUUUCGAAAUAGCUUUGGAUUUAACAUUCAAUAAAACUAUUUUAAAUUUCUAAUUUUUAGUUAUUCUUGGCAAGCUGAUGGUACUUUUUGCAUAAUCUUUUGUGGAUUCUUGGUUGUACUGUAGUUGCAUGCAUGAUUAUAGCUCUUGUUUUUCUCACAGUUUCUUUAAAACUCUUUAUUAGUGGCUAUAAUGACAUGGAAAUGUAAUCUGUGUUUUCUGGUUUUUCAUUUAUUUGGUCAAAAUGUUAUAUUAAUGGAGUUAUUGCUAUUUUUACUGUGAUAAUGGUAUUAGGCAAGACAAUAUUCUCAAUUAUUUGGAUAUGCAAACUAAAGUAUUAAGAGCUAAUGUCAUUAUAUAUGUAACUUAAAUCUAGACACCAUCAAAACAUAAAGUAAAAAUAAAAAGUGUUGCUGAA